AUGCCAUCCAACGCCCCCAUCAACGCCGCCAGGCUAUCGGCCUUCCUGAUUACUACCGCCAUCCUCCCCACCCUCACCGCUGCCCAAUCGUACUCGUCGUGCAACCCAACCAACACGUCGCAAUUCCCCUGCCCGGCCGACACCGGUCUGUGCCAAUCGACCGUCUUCGAGACGGACUUCACGACGGGCGACAACACCAGCUGGACCACGACGGCGGGCAACGUCACGUACUCGGAUGCGGGCGCGGCCUUCACCAUCGCAGAACGGGGCGACGCGCCGACCAUCGAAACGGACUUUUACAUAUUCUACGGCCGAGUCGAGGUGACGAUGAAAGCGGCGCCGGGGACAGGCAUCGUCAGUUCGAUCGUAAUCGAAAGCGACGACCUGGACGAGAUCGACUGGGAAUUCCUCGGCGGCUCCAACACCAUGGUCCAAUCCAACUACUUCGGCAAAGGCAACACCACCUCCUACGACCGCGAAGCCGAGCACGCCGUCACCACGCCCCAAGACACCUCGCACGUCUACGCCAUCGACUGGACAGCCUCGCGCAUCGAGUGGCUGAUCGACAACACGACGGUGCGCACCCUCGCCUACGCCGACGCCGUGUCCGGGCAAAACUUCCCGCAGACCCCCGCCACCGUCCGCCUCGGCAUCUGGGCCGGCGGCGACGAAGACAACUCGUACUGGACCCGCGUCUGGGCCGGCGGCAACACGACGUACAGCGCGGCGGCGGGCAUGCCGUGGACGAUGACGGUGGAGAAGGUGGCGGUUACGAAUUACGGCCCGGCGGGGAGUUAUAACUAUACGGACUCGACGGGGGAUGCGGGCAGUGUGGCGUUGAUUGGGACGGAUUGUGGUGGGAGUGACGGUGGGAGCAGCAGCAGCAGUAGCAGUAGCAGCAGCGGUAGUAGCAGCAAGCGGACGGCGAGUGUGAGCGCGUAUGCGGCGUCGACGCCGAGUGGCACUGGUGCUACUGCGACGCCCACGCCCACGCCGAGUGGGGGGACCUAUGAGACCAGCGGUGGGGUCGAGAGGUUGGGUGGGGGUUUGAGGGAGUUUUUGUUCGGGAGCGUGUUUGUGGCGUUGCUUUUGCUUUGA